AUGAGCUUCCUCAACAGCGUUCUCUCCUCCAUCGGUGGCGGCGCAAGCCAGUCGCAGUCGCAGUCUGGACGAGCCGCCCCCUCGCAAGCCCCCGCCGCAAAACCGACGCAAACUCCACGUGUCGGUGGCUCGAGCAACGGCGUGUCAUCAACAACGGUGCCCAAGCGCAAGGCAGAAGGCGAGCCAGCGUCCAUACCUGCAAAGGCCGCGCGUAGGGAUACAGACCCGUCCCGUUCGAAUCCUGUGUCCCGCACUGGCACCGCCUCUCCAGUCGUAAAGCCCGCCACUCCGGCAACGUCGAGCUCGAUGCCCUAUCGCGGCACCGCUCAACCAUCCGGCUCCGCUAGUAUCGCUCGCAAGCCCACCACGUAUGCGUCGGUCGCAAAGUCGGGCUCCUCGACCACCACCGCAAAGCCUGCCGCGAAGCCCGUCGUCAAACCAUCGCCUGCAGUCGCAGCAGUACAAGCCCCACCGGGGCCGGCACCGAAGAAGGGAUCAUAUCAAGAGAUCUUGGCAAGAGCAAAGGCGGCACAACAGGCACAGCCCCCGGUCGGUGCAAUCAAGCACAAGCCGGUUGAGAAGUUGACCAAGAAGGAGAGACUUGCACUUGAAGAGAAAAACAAGCAGGCAGCCGCCGCGGCGAAGGACCCCAAGCUUGCACUCAAGCAGGGGCUGAAAGGGGCUGCUAAGAGCGUUGAUGCAAAGGCCGGCGAGCCUGCAAAGGAAAAGAAGAAGGCGCCGGACCUCGGCUACCAAGGCACCAUGCGUUCAGCUCCAAAGGAACCGGCCUACCAGGGAACCAUGAACAGAGGUGCCAGCGCAGCAGCAGCACGCAAGCCUGGACUCGACAGGGGCGACAGGAGCAGAAGUGGUUCCCUUGGUCCCCGGCCUGCGGAGAAGCGCUACCGAUACUACGGUGAGGACGAGGACGAUGAAGAGGACUACGACUCUGAGGGCUCUUCAGACAUGGAAGCAGGCAUCUUCGAUGUAGACCGCGAGGAGCAGAUGAGCUUACGUGUUGCCCGAAAGGAGGACGAAGAGGCGUUGCGCGAGGAAGAGGAGCUCAAGCGCAGAAAGCUCGAGCGCAAGAGGAUGCUGGAGAGGAUGAAUUCCCAAGCGAAGAAGAAAAGGGCUUACUAG